ACCUGCUCCAGCACCUUCUUCCCUUCAGGCAAAAUGAAAAUCCUUGUGGCAUUUCUGGUGGUGCUGGCUGUCUUUGGGAUACAAUCUCAUGGAUCUGAGGUUUAUAACAUCAUCAGCCCGAGCAAUAAUGGUGUCAAUGUCCAGGAGACAGUGUCAAUUGACAAUGAAAAAAACCUCGCCAUCGUUAACGUCCACGCAGGAACGUGCUCUUCUACCACAAUUUUUGACUAUAAACAUGGCUACAUCGCAUCCAGGGUGUUCUCUCGAAGAGCCUGCUACAUCCUGAAGAUGAACCAUCAAUCCAUCCCUGCUUUGGACGCACUCCAACGGUACAUCUAUGAGAAACAGGCCCUGAAAAACAUGUUCUCCGACAAGUACACUUGGGUCAAAUACAACCCUCUGGAGGCUCUGAUCAAGGAUGUGGACUGGUUCCUGUUUGGGUCACCCAUUGAGAAGCUCUGCAAAGACAUCCCCUUGUAUAAGGCGGAAGUGGUUGAAAAACAGACAGGAAAGGUUGGUGCCGGCGGCUGUGCAAAGGUUGGGCUCCUGGGCAUCCUGGGAAUUUCCAUCUGUGGAGAUGUUCACAUUUAGGAUGAUAUACCCGCUGGCUUCAUCUUUUCAAAGAAAUGCCCUACUUGUUUCCACUCAGAAGCCCAAUUAAAUUCUUUCCCAAUGUCCCAACUCAUUUUGACAUCAGUAGUAAAACAUAAAUGCUAUAUUUACAGAUA